AUGGCGCAUCACAUCUCCGAGGCGGUGAGCCGGGGCCAUUGCGGCGCGCUGGAGGUCCUGCUGGAGGCGGGCUCGGAGGGGCUCGACGAGGAGUACAGAGGCCAGAGGCCGCUGCAGACGGCGUGCGGUCGGUCCGCGUGCCAGGGGGACGAUGGGCACAGGCUGGCAGAGGCGCUGCUGCGGCACGGCGCCGACCCCGCGUGCGGCGACGUCUCGCACACGCCGCUGCACGAGGCCUGCAGACGAGGGAACGCCCAGAUGGUCCUGCUCCUGCUGCAGCACAGGGCCGACCCCAGCGCGCCUUCCCCGGGCGGCCACUCGCCUCUGCACGCGGCUUGCCAGGGCGCCCCGGUGCUCGACCCCGCGCUGCACCCGAAGAUGGUCGACGUCCUCCUGCUGCACGGGGCCCGCCCGCUUGCCGCCGACGACUUCGGCCUCCCUCCGCGGGCGUACGCGGCGGAGGGCGGCCUGUACCAGAAGCUCGGCAGGGCCGAGAGGUGGUGGACCCGACGCUCCCUCCGCUCCGUGUGCCGCGCCACGGCAGACUGGCCGGGGCUGGCCCCUCCCGAGCGCGGGCCCGAGCGCCUGCUGCACGGUGUGGUCACGCUGUCCGGGGUGCUGGGGGCGGUGUUGGACUUGGUGUCCCACGAGGCGGCCCCGGGCACCCGGUGCUGGCAGCACCAGCGCGGACCAUUCCUGCAGUGGGCCCCCUUCUGCUAG